AUGUCAUCAAACUCACCCAGCAUGGCUUUGGAUAAUAUUUUCGCCCUUUCUACUUGCAGUUCGUCUGCAAAUGCUCGAAAAAGAGCAGUUUGUGCGAAUAAUGAAAUGUCUGACGCCAUUCGUAGCCUAAUCCUCAAUUUUCAUAAUGAUGCUCGUCGUCGUGUGGCAAAGGGGCAGGAGCCGAACAAAGUUGGCAUGCUCAACCCAGCUAAGAACAUGUGGUCGACCUCGGGACGAUUCUCGAAUCCCAUUGUACAAGUGAAAUCAUCUUUGGACAAUUGGUGGGGUGAAGUCAAAAAGGUUGGAGUAUCUGACGCGGAAAACAGAUACACCACUGGAGCCCUUUACAAUUUCGCUAAUAUGGUGUUCUCUGAAACAAGCAAGAUCGGAUGUGCUUAUAAAAUAUGUGGCGGCACAACGUUGGUCUUCACCUGCCUUUACAACGGAAUCGGACACAUCUCUAAUGAACCGAUGUGGGAGACCGGGACUGCUUGUUCAACUGGCUCUGACUGCACCACCUUCCCGAAUUCAGUUUGUGAUGAUGGACUGUGCACGAAAGGACCACCAGUUCCAGGUAAGGCCAAAUUUUGUUCAGAGCUGAUCGAGUAUCGCACUCCGCAAACCAGAAACGAACAAUAUGUGCCCAUCAAACUCAGGGAUGACGGACUCAGUGAGACGAAAGUUCCUCGAUAUGCACAAUCAGUACAGGUUGCUCUGGGUGCUAAUCCAGGAACCUCUGGUAACAGUAUGGUGUCGCGCAAAUCAACCAAGGCAGUUCCACUAAGCGAAUCCUUUCCUUUGUCACUUCCUCAUGUUAGUGAACAGGGAGGAGAUUGA